AUGCAGAAGAGAUCCCAUUUCAGGGAAGAAGGGCUUGAUGAUUUGACAACCAGCAUAUACCACGAUCUUCAGAAUUACAACUUUUCACCCCCUUUGAUCAAGAAAGAGGAUUCGAAUGACAAAAAACGAAAAUUCGAGGAGCCUCUGAAGGAAAACGAACAGAAAGGAAAUUCAAAGAAAAGUGGGACAUGGUACUCGAAGCUUGCGAAAACUCCAAGACCUAUGGUUAAGAGCUCUGCAACAGCUCCGCCAGGCAUCUUUACUACAAUACCAAGGGUGGCAUUGAUUGUUUUCCUCAUUGCCAUUGUGGUUCCGGGCCUGAGAAAUCGCGGAGAUUCAGAAGUCAACAUGAAUGGGGCAGAUGCAGGUGUCAUAAGAGAGGCAGAAUUGGUGGAAAACGCCUCUGCGAUCGAGGGGAGAGCAAAUAGCCCGACGUCAAUAUGUACAAGAUGGGCAAACCAGAUUGCAAAUGUCAAUGGAACAGUUUACAUCUAUGGUGGUCAGGCUACUACACAGAGUGGUCAAACUGAAAAUACUUGGAACAAUGAUUUCUUAACAUUAGACCUCACGAAAUCGUGGCAGAUUGCAUCACCCUCCCUGACUGGUUUGCCACAGCCAUCAGGUCCUCCCGCAGUCGCCAUGGGCUCAUUAUGGCACUCUUAUACCUCUCUCUUUCUGUAUGGAGGUCUAUUUUCCGACAGCCCUCCAACAUCUCCCCUCCCAGUGGCAACCUGGGAAUACGACAUAAGCUCCUCGACAUGGACAGAAUGGUCAAAUCCCCAGACAUCAGCAGGAAACAAUUCAGAUGGAGGAAAUCAACCUGUUCAAAGAGCCGCCGAAGGGGCAGGAAUAUCUGUCCCAGAACUUGGAAAAAGCUGGUACUUUGGGGGACAUCAGGAUUUAUAUACGACUGAAGGAUGGUCGAACCAAAUUGCUAGGAUUUAUCUGAAGAGCUUGCUCGAGUUUACCCAUCCAGGAUAUGCGAACAGUGGGGUUGAUUCAUUGGGGACUACGACCGCUGCGCCAAAUGGAGGUGUCUACAGGAAUAUUACUCAAGGAGGCAUACAAGACAGUGCUGGUUUUACCGAGAGGGCCGAUGGUGUAUUGGUUUACGUUCCGGGGUGGGGAGAACAAGGCAUCAUUCUUGGUUUGGCUGGAGGAACUAAUGAGACUUUUACCGAAAUGAACAUUAUCGACAUUUACGACGUAGCGAACAGUACGUGGUACAAACAAGCGACAUCUGGACCGAGCCCCCCUAUUCGAGUCGAUCCUUGUGCUACUGUAGCAAUGGCACCAGAUGGAACAAGUUUCAACGUUUACUUGUACGGCGGACAAAACCUCAUACCAUAUGGAUCCCAGAUCCAAUACUCGGACAUGUGGAUCCUCACUAUUCCAUCCUUCACUUGGGUUCAAGUCAACAUGGACGGCCAAUCCCAACCACCAGCUCGAGCAGGGCACAGCUGUGUAAUGUGGGACGGUCAGAUGGUAGUAAUCGGUGGGUACGUAGGGACGGACAUCAGUUGUGAUUCGCCUGGCAUCUAUGUAUUCAAUGCCUCCUCUCUCGAAUGGACAACUGGCUUCACGGCUCUCUCAUCCUCCUCAUCCGAUUCUACGUCCACCAACGACCCAGAUUCAACCAUAAUCCAAGGUUCUCUCGGCUAUCUCGUCCCAGGCCCCGUCCAAUCCAUAAUAGGAGGAUCUUCAGACGGAGGCGCCACAGCAACCCAACCUGCCGCCGGCUCAGCAACAAGCGGUCCCCUCGCAACAGGCAAACCGCCCACAUUCACGAUAACACAAUCGGGAUCAACCAUCGUCCAGACCGCACACUCGACCUCUACCGCCACAUCCCCAGCUUCAACAUCAAACUCCACCCCUGCAAAAGCAGGCACAAACGUAGGCGCGAUAGUAGCAGGCACUAUCGCCGGCCUCUUGGCUAUCAUAGCAGGCUACCUCGCCUUUUGUAGCUGGCUAUACAGAAAACAGCUCAAGCUCUACAAGAACCACGUCGCAAUGGCACAACGCACCGCUUUUGCAGGAAGUCCUGAGAACUGGGGCGGCGAGAGCGGGAACUCGAGCGGCAUCCGAGAGAAAGUCGGGACGGGCGUCAUGCUGGGGCCAUUUGGCACCGAAGUCAGCGGGAGCGGGAGCGCGGGCCGACCGAGCGCGAGUGAGAGCGCGGAGGGCUCGAUGCAUUCUGGUCUUGCGCCGGUGUAUUCGGGUGCUGGGGUCGGAGGGGUGGGGAACCGAUAUUCGCGGGUAAGUGAGGGGGAUGAGAAUUUGGCGUAUAUGGGCGCAGGCGGGAGUCAGCAUGGUGAAGGGGCGAGGAGUACGGCAGGGUCUUCGAUGGAGGAUUUGCUUGGGGGCCAGGAGCCGAGUUUCUUUAGUGUGGUGUUGAAUCCAAGGAGGACUUUGAGGGUUGUUAAUUUGGAUUAG